AUGUUACCGGAGCCUGCUGAUGAUGCGUCAAGGAGCGAAUUUUUGAGGGAAAUUGGGUUGAUGAAAAUCCUCGGAUAUCAUGAAAGGCUAGUCAACAUGCUGGCAUGUAUCACAGAAUCUGCUCCGCUUUGCCUUGUCGCCGAGCUUUGUAACUACGGUGAUUUACUAAAUUUUCUUCGAAUACGUUGCAAGUACAUGAUUAAACUCAACGCAGAAGGAAUAGACUACAGCGAUCUACCUGUGGAUGGUAACUACAACAUAGAAAUGGUGGUAACCUUGAAGCAAUUGCUGAUGUUUCCGCUGCAAAUUUCUUAUGGUCUUGAGUACCUGUUUAGCAAGGGAUUCGUUCAUCGCGACAUUGCAGCUAGGAAUAUAUUUGUGAAUGCGAAAGCCUCCUGCAAAAUUGGAGGCUUUGGACUUUGUCGGAAUUUGUAUUCAAAUACUUUGCUGAACGAAAACAAGUUGCCGUUUACCGCUGAGGUGGAUGUCACCGGAGGCAAUACGAUGCUAUGA